UGCUCAGUCUAAACUCGCCUCACUGCCUUUAAACUCGUCUCACUGCCCUUCAGAUCUGCCAUCUCUUCUGUUGUCUUUUUCUUUUUUUGGCUCCUCCGUGUCAGUAUGGCGGAGGGUGUCGUGGGGACCCUGGACCUUAAGGACAUGGGCGAAGAGGAGCUGUGGGAUCUGAUUAACGAUAACCGCCACGCGAUCUCCCUGGGAGUGCGCGCGGACAUAUUGAUCCCGUACCUGCGCCAGGCGCGUGUGCUCACGGACCUGGACGAGGACGAGAUACUCACGUGCCUGAAGUUCACGAACCGCUGCAUGAGGACGAGCCACAUGCUGGAUCUGCUCCGUAUCCAGGGCCGGAAUGGAGCUGUAGCUCUGCUGGACAGUCUGAUGAUCCACUACCCGUGCCUGUACACACAGGUGACCGGCCGGAAGCCCAGCACGGAGCCGUCUGGAUUCAGCGGCCUGAUAAAGUACUCAGAGUUAACCGAGUAUUUGGUGCGUGCUGUGACGAGCAUGCAGAAGGAGCUGCAGGAGGCCCGCGAGGAGGCGGUGCUUCAGCGCUCGCGCUGCUGCAGCCUGGAGGGCACGCUGUCGCAGGCGCUACAGCAGGGCCAGGAGCAGACGCAGCUGCAGGCUGAACACACGCGGCUGCGCAACCAUUUUGCAGCAAUGCACAGAGACCUACUGCAGCUGAAGGAUGAGAAGUGUGAUCUCUAUGUGAGAUACGCUGCAGCAGUAGAGGAGAAGGCUACUGAGAACAUCCGCUGCAGAGACCUGAACCUGCAGGUGUACCAGUUGCAGUGUGAGCUGCAGAAAGCUCAGUCAGAGACAGAGUUCCAGAGGCAGUGCUCUCUAAAAAGCGUCUCCCCCAGCGAGACCCAGCGUCUGCGGAAUGAGAUCAACGCCCUGCGCAGGCAGCUGCUGGAGGCCGAGAAGAUCUCACCGGCAUGUCAGGAUAUCCUAGCCCAGGACCUGAAGGAGGCACGAGACCGACGGUCAGAGCUUGCUGAGCAGCUGAGGGGACUGUAUGAGGAGAAUGAGGCCCUCACGCGCCAGAGAGACGAGCUUUUGGAGGAGAAGGCGUGUCUGGCACUCCAGGUGCAGAAGCUCUCCCUGGACUGUGAGAUGUAUCAGCAGAAGAGCACUGUGUUCCAGAGCCAGCUGAGCGACCUGCAGACCGAGCGUGACCGGGCCUACCUGGCCCGUGACGAAGCGCAGGCCCAGAUAGCAUGCAGCUUGGCAGAGAAGGACACGCUAAGGGGCCAGCUGGUAGAGCUGCAGGAAAAGGUGUUCACCCUCAAAGCCCUGAACACCCACACACCGCCCAACAGCUCCACGGAAAGGCAGUUUAGCUGGCAGAGCAGCAUGGGGUCUAGCAGUGAAGGCACGCCCUCCACCCCACCAGGCCGGCCCAAGCUGCGACGCCUGAACGCCCUCCCCCCUGGUGCCUCCUUCGAGUCUGCAAAGCAAUGCAGUGAAGAUGGUUUCAGCAGUGUACGGUCCAGUAUGGUGGAGCCUCCAUGUUCAGAGUCACUGCGCAGGAGAGAGAUCGACCCACAGUUUGAUGACCACAGCAGUCAGGAGCCCACAGAUGACUCAUCCUUCUGUCUGCUGGAUCUGGAGAGUGAUUUUGUUUUUGUGCCUCAAGAGGAGGAGGCGAAACCGCCUGUGUCUUCCCCCUCUCUGCGCUCCAGGUGCACCGCAGAACUCAACGGUGUCUUGCGAACCUCUGCUCCUCCUUUCCUGGUGCGCACCCGUCCCCAGGCUCUGCGGAUCAUGGGCCGAGCACUGACAUUUUCCUUCCAGGCAGAGGCGCUCUUGAGCCAGCUGCAGGUGAUCGGCGGCAACAAGACGGGUGUGUUUGUGCACCAGGUCACUGAGGGGUCAGCCGCCAGCGUUGCUGGUAUCAGUCCAGGUGCUCAGAUCUUGGAGGUGAAGUGUGAGCUGGAUCAGCGAGCCUUGCGGAUGGUUCUGGAAGAUUCCACCAUGGAGGAGGCUCUCUGGGCCCUGGCUCAGGUGAGGGGACCCUGCAGCCUCUCGGUCCGACCCAAACAGGACGCCUACGAGAGUCUUCUGCAGCAGCUGAAGAGAGGUGAUGUCCAAUCGGGAGACUCUUUCUAUGUACGCGUCAAUGUGUCAUUGCCCGGGGGCGUGGCUGGGGCCCUAUCCGUCACCUGUAACGACAUUCUGCAUGUGACGAACACUCACCAUGGAAACGACGGCUCCUGGUGGGCCAGUCAGGUCCACAGCUGUCAGCUGAUGGAUCUGAAGAGCGGGACCCUGCCUAAUUAUUACAGAGCACAGAGGCUGCUGAUUAGAGCUAUUGAAGACUUGUCCUACCAGCAGCGAACACACACAAAGGAGCGGUCGCAGGGGAAACAGAAAGCAGUGCGGAUCGUUAGCACGGGGCGGCAGGGAAGGAACCCGCUGUGGGUUAGUGUGGAGGAAGACAGUAACAGCCAGGAUGCCAAACCCAAUGACAAUGGCCACGCCCCCAGGAGCUGUGUGAUCCUGAUGCCCUACACACUGGUGACCCCGCACUACCCACCCGUCUGCCGCCCAGUCCUCCUGCUUCCCACAAUCCUCGGCCGCGUCCUGCAUAGUCGACUGGCAGGCCAGGAAGGCUACCAGCUGUGUGAGCCAGAGACCUUGAGUGUCACCGAACAUGUGGUCCAGAUGCAGAAGGGUGAGGUUCUGGAGGAGUGUGACUCAAGCAGACACUGCUGUUACACCGUGCACGGCGUGGAGAAGAUCAUGAAACGAGGGACACACUGUGUGCUGCCGUUGGGUUUGGACUCCGUGCGACGCCUGCACCGUGCAGAGAUCUUCCCGAUCAUCAUCUUUGUGGCAUCUACGGAACGCAGUGCUCGCAAAUUCAAACACAAGCUUCGUCAGAGCUGCCUGACAGAGGCGCAGCUCCUGGAGUGUUCCCGGAGCGAGGAACCCCUGCUAGACAAGCUUCCCUGCCUCUAUCGCACUAUUCCUCCAGACACCUGGAGUGACAGCGCCACACUAGUGGACACUAUAAAGCACGUAGUCCAGGAGGAACAAAGGAAGAUAGUUUGGGUGGAGCCAGAUCUCUGGUGAGAGUUGGAGGUGGGCGCUUGUUGCCGAAAUGUAAGGAUGAAGUCACAGUCAAAAACAGGUUUUUUAAAAAAAAACAACAACUGUUGAAUCUUUCAUUCACAUGGUGAUUUCAGUUGUGUUAUGUAUCAUUUGCUUAGUUCAUAACUAACCCAGUUGUUUAUUAUUUGCAUAAUUUGUUAAUAAUUAUCAAAAUAAUAACUUGUUCGCCCAGUCACGUUUGGAACAGCUCUAACAUUGGCAGGUCUAUCUCGGUUUCGCUCAUCUUUCUGCGUGACAUACACUCUGAUCUCAUAAAUCUUUAAAAGUCACAUAAAUGUUUGAAAGAUGGUUAUUAGAAUUAUGGAAUUAUUAUUGUAGACCGUUAUUUAGAAUUUGUAUUUAUUGUUGUCUCAUGCAGUGUGUUAUUGUACAAAAAAAUGUCACAAAAAAUAUUAGUUAUAUGCAUUAUUUGCAUAAAAUAACCUGAAAAUAUUUAGGAAUUACUUUUUAAUUUAAUUUUUACACAUAUGUGUAGUAGAUUUACAUAUAUGACAAGAAAUUGCCUGAAGCAAAAAUACAGAGGCAGGACUCAAGUUGCUACACACUGAGGUUGAAAACUGGAUGUUUACUGAUUAAUGGUGACACUAACUAGCUUCUCACAGCUCAUCUAGCUGGACCCGCACUUUUCUUCACAUUACUACGCAAUGCCAAGAAAAACAAAAGUUUGCUUUAACGCUCAGUAAUUUCAGGAAUAAGGAUGUGGGCAGGGUAUUUCCUGCUAAAGGGUUCGUCACUGAAGCUGUGCGCUCUCUCGCCUGAACCACCCAACCUGCAUUCCCGCUGGCUGGAAAACCGCUGCGUGCUGGAGUCUUGGGUCUGUGAGGUGUUUAGUGCACAACUCCUGCUGAAGGGCUUGCAUGGUCUUUGUGAAUGAACCCAAUAGUGGUUACUGUGAAUAAUGCAACUUUCAUAAGGAACCUCUCUGCCAUAGCUGAUGAAAGAUUGCCAGAGAACAGCAUAACGUUUGCACAUUUUAUGUUUAUUCAUUAAGACAUUGAUUUUAUUUUAUUUUAGAUUUCUG